AUGGGUGAGUUGAACAUGCUGGCGGUGGGUGCGUACCUCGCUCGCAUGGCGCUGACCAGGCAAGAGAUGCUCCGGGCCACGCAGGCGCGGCACGUGCUGUGGCGGUUUGGCAAGACACUUCGUGCUGGACCCUUUGCCAAGAGCCAGUACCAACUCAGCGAAGAGGUCACGCAGGUGAGGCAGUUCUGGUCGCACUCCUGGCAUGGGAACGUGUGGGCAAAGAUUUGCCUCCUCUUUGUGGUGAGCAAUGGCAUGCCCGCUCUACUCAUCUCCUCGUUUUUGACCAUGAGUGUGCCUGUUCUCUUCCUCCACUUCGCUACCCCGGAAGACGCUCCGGACGCUUGUUUUAUGUGGGGGGCCCAACAAUGCAUCGGCUCCCUGAUUUGCGGACUCACAUUCCUGCUGUGGCAGCCAAGGAAGAAGAUCUUCCUGGACAAAAUCUGCAUAGAUCAGAGCAAUCAGAGCCUCAAGAUGGAAGGCUUGCUGAAUGUUUGUGCCGUGGUGAAGCACUCGAAGUCCAUGUUGGUGUGCUGGGAUACCACCUACAUCCAAAGGCUUUGGUGUGUGCUAGAGAUGGCGGCCGCCUUGAAAGCCCAUGGACGUGCAGCCAGACUGAUCAUCCGACCCGUAAGUUGGGCACCCGUUGUCAUCGUGUCUUUCGUGGGCGUGUCCAUCCUGAUGGCGGUCUACACGCCGCUCCAAGAUUGUUAUUCGUUUGAUGGCAGUGUAACGAUAGAGUCCAUGUUCACCAUCUUGCUUGUGGUUUUCCUUCCGCUCUUCGCGGUGUCACUUCACCUUGCCAGUGGUGCUCUGCGUGCCCAUUUCAGAGCAGUGGACACCAUGCGGGAGCAGCUUCGCAACUUCUCCCUCGAUUUUCCCAUGUGUUACUGCUGUACACUGAACCAUAUCGACCCGAAAACAGGGGAGCCACUGCCUUGCGACCGGCUGGCCAUUGGAGAGUGCAUUCGCUCGUGGUUUGGCUCUGCCGCUGAGUUUGAGACUCUUGUCCAAGAGCAGGUUGCAGACGUCUUAAGCGAAAGGCUCACGAAGUACCCGUUUCCAUACUCCUGGGUUGUUGCGUCGACAGCCCCGAUGGUCUGGUCUCACCUCAGUACGGUCAAAACUUAUGAUAAGAAAGGUUCGAAGGUCCACCAGAGUCUGGGACAUUUCUUAACCAGGAUCACGGUUAUCGUGCUUUCUGGUAACUGGUUUCUCCUCAUGCGCAUGUACUACCUUCUGUGUAUCUGGUUGGCAGCUAUUCCGGUGGCGGUUCUGUGGUGGGCACGUGUGGUGCCAGUAUUCAAACGAAAACAGCACCUUCGCUGGCAGGAAUUCCUGGUUAACAUGGCGUGUUCGCUGUGCCUGGCUGGCAUCUGCGUCCUCUUUGGCGUAGUCGAUGGUCUAACCAUUCUCUACUUGCCCAAUUGGGGCUGGAUUGCGUUCGGGUCGUUGAACCUGGCUGUUUGUGGCCUCACUUAUUUCGGUCCGGGUGCCCGCUGCUGCAAGCCUAGUUGUGCCCUGGCAUCGGACACGAGUCCCGGUGCGAGGUAUCUGGCCUCGGGGGUGCUGACAUCGGACAAUGAGAUGUGGGUCUGGAAUGGCCAGGAUGCGGAUGGAAGCCGGGAGUAUCCCAGCACAGAGCCCCGAGGUUUCUUGCACACGUGCGUCUUCACGUCGAGCGGAAAGGCCUUCAUCUUCGGGGGCUACGAUGGCACGGGUGGGGCGUCCGACGGCCUUGAGGAGCCCGUGCCACGCGAAGAUGGCGUCGACGGUGUCGAGUCGGACCCAGUACUGGACAUGGGUGAGUUUGACAGGCAGAUGCUGGCGGUGGGUGUGCACCUCGCUCGCAUGGCACUGACCAGGAAAGAGAUGCUCCGGGCCACGCAGGCGCGGCACGUGCUGUGGCGGUUUGGCAAGACACUUCGUGCUGGACCCUUUGCCAAGAGCCAGUACCAACUCAGCGAAGAAGUCACACAGGUGAGGCAGUUCUGGUCGCACUCUUGGCAUGGGAAUGUGUGGGCAAAGAUCUGCCUCCUCUUUGUGGUGAGCAAUGGCAUGCCUGCUAUGUUCAUCUCAUUGCUUCUGGCCACGAGUCUUCCUUUUCUCCUCUUCCACCUCACUGUCCAAGCAGACGAUCCGGACGUUUGUUUUAUCUGGCCGACCCAACAACUCAUUGGCUCCCUGAUUUGCGGACUCACAUUCCUGCUGUGGCAGCCGAGGAAGAAGAUCUUCCUGGACAAAAUCUGCAUACAUCAGAGCAACCAGAGCCUCAAGAUGGAAGGCUUGCUGAAUGUUUGUGCCGUGGUGAAGCACUCGAAGUCCAUGUUGGUGUGCUGGGAUACCACCUACAUCCAAAGGCUUUGGUGUGUGCUAGAGAUGGCGGCCGCCUUGAAAGCCCAUGGACGUGCAGCCAGACUGAUCAUCCGACCCAUAAGUUGGGCACCCGUUGUCAUCGUGUCUUUCGUGGGCGUGUCCAUCCUGAUGGCGGUCUACACGACGUUGCAAUCAUGCCGAAUGCUUGAGGAAUCUUUUUCUGGUUUUUCGAUAGAGUACAUGCUCAUCUUGUUGUUUGGCCUCUUUGUGCCUCUCUGCACGGUGUCGCUUCAUCUGGCCAGUGGUGCUGUGCGUGCCCACUUCAGAGCAGUGGACACCAUGCGGGAGCAGCUUCGCAACUUCUCCCUGGAUUUUCCCAUGUGUCACUGCUGUACACUGAAUCAUAUCAACCCGAAAACUGGGGAGCCACUGCCUUGCGACCGGCUGGCCAUUGGAGAGUGCAUUCGCUCGUGGUUUGGCUCCGCCGCUGAGUUUGAGACUCUUGUCCAAGAGCAGGUUGCAGACGUUUUAAGUGAAAGGCUCACAAGGUACCCAUUUCCAUACUCCUGGCUUGUUGGGGCCACAACCCCGGUUGUGUGGUCACAUAUCGGCAUUUCCAUUUUCUCCGCGCUUUCUGGCGAAACUUGGACUCUCACGCACACGUUCUACAUUCUGUGCUACUGGUUGGCAACUAUCCCGAUGAUGGUUCUAUGGUGGGUGCGUGUGGUGCAAGUAUUCAAACGAAAAAGGCACCCUCGGUGGCAGGAUUUCCUGGUCGACGUCGCGUGUUCUCUCUGCCUCGCUGGCAUCUACAUUCUCGUCAGCCUAGUCGAUGGCCUCAUUGCGAUCUUCUUGCCGGAUUGGUACGGGUAUGUGUUCGGGUCGAUGAACCUGGUUCUUCUUGGUUUCACUUACUUCGGUUCAGCAGCCU